AAAACCAUGGUUAGAGGUAUUGGUAGUUACUCUCCUGUUCUUCAUGAAUGGAAACCACAUAAUCAUGGCGUCCGACCCAGAUCCUGUCCAAGAUUUCUGCAUUCUCUAUACACCAAAGCCUGACUCGGUAAGAGUCGGCAGAACCAGUAGUCUCCAACGGUGCAAGAACGCAUCGGAAGCUACCGCAGACGAUUUCAUCUUCUCCGGAAUAAAAUCCGCCGGCGACUUCAAAGAGUCUGGCUUUUCAACCUUGUCUAUCAACCCCACAGCCUUUCCGGGGCUUAACACUCUGGGGAUGUCGUUCGUGCGAGCAGACCUUGAUGUGGGUGGCAUCAAUGUGCCUCAUUUCCAUCCCAGAGCCACAGAGGUUGCAUUGGUGCUGGAAGGAAAGGUUUACUCGGGUUUCGUCGAUUCAGCUAAUCGGAUUUAUGCGAAAGUGAUUGAGAAAGGGGAGGUGAUAGUGUUUCCAAAGGGUCUGUUGCAUUUCCAGAUGAACGUCGGAGAUUCGCCGGCGACGAUUUACGGGAGCUUUAACAGCCAGAACCCUGGAUUGCAGAGAAUCCCCGCGGCGGUUUUUGGGUCAGGGAUAAAAGAAGAGCUCUUGAAGAAGGCGUUUGGAUUGAGUGGAAAGCAGAUUGAUGAGAUGAGGAGGAAGUUCAAACCAGAGGAUUGA